AUGAAGUUCUCCAACGUCGUGGUCCUGGCUGGCCUCCUGGCUGCCACAGACGCUGUUCCUCAGCAGCAACAUGUUCUGCUGGAACGGACGCCCUCCAAGCGGCCUAACUUCCUGUUCAUCCUCACCGACGACCAGGACCGCCAACUGGGCUCCCCGGAGUACAUGCCCAAGACAUUGAGUCGCAUCAAGGACAAGGGCGUCGAGUUCACCAACCACUUUGUCACCACGGCGCUGUGCUGUCCGUCUCGGGUCAGUCUGUGGACAGGUCGGCAGGCGCACAACACCAACGUGACGGAUGUGAACCCUCCAUGGGGCGGAUAUCCCAAGUUUGUCGCGCAGGGCUUCAACGACGACUGGUUCCCCAUCUGGAUGCAAAAUGCCGGCUACAACACCUACUACACCGGCAAGCUCAUGAACUCCCACAGCUUCACGACGUACAACCAUCCCUUCGUGAAGGGAUUCAAUGGCUCCGACUUCCUCCUCGACCCCCACACCUACUCGUACUACAACUCUAGCUACCAGCGAAACCAUGAACCGCCAAAGAGCUACGCCGGCCAAUACACCACCGACGUGAUCACCGAGAAGGGCCUCGGUUUCUUGGACGAUGCUCUGGAAAGUGAUCGCCCGUUCUUCCUGACCGUCGCCCCCAUCGCGCCGCAUUCCAACAUUGACCCUUCCGCCGCCGGCAGCGGGAGGAUGACGGAACCCAUUCCUGCCCCUCGUCACCGUCACCUUUUUAAGGAUGUCAAGGUCCCGCGGACGGCAAACUUCAACCCGCUUAACCGCACCGGCGUCAGCUCGAUCUGGGACCUGCCCUUGCAGAACAAGACGGUCGUCGACUAUGAGGACCACUUCUACCGGCAACGUCUGCGCGCGCUGCAGAGCGUCGACGAGAUGGUUGACAAGCUCAUUGAUCGCCUGGAGAAGAGCGGCGCCAUCGACAAUACCUACGUGAUCUUCUCUGCCGACAACGGGUUCCAUAUUGGUCAGCACCGUCUCGGGCCCGGCAAGACGACCGGCUACGACGAAGAUAUUCGUGUUCCUUUUUUCAUCCGCGGCCCUGGAAUCCCUGAGGGCAAGACGGUGGACAGCGUCAGCACGCAUAUUGACCUGGUCCCUACGUUCUUUGAUCUUGCGGGCAUCCCUCUUCGCAAGGACUUUGACGGGACACCAAUGACAAUCGCGAGUUCUAGUGGAACUAAGCACGAGCAUGUCGCCGUGGAGUUUUGGGGCACGUUGCUUACCGAGGGAGAUUUUGGGGGCGUUGGACCCAAUGGUAGCACCCGUUUGCCUAACAACAGCUACAAGUCUGCUCGUGUUGUUAGUGAAGACUACAAUCUUUACUACGCUGUAUGGUGCACGGGCGAGCACGAGCUCUACGAUCUUUCGACGGACCCCUACCAAAUCGCAAACCUGUACUCCUCGACCAACACCACAAACGCACACUACCUGGGACGUCCGUUACCCGCUGUGCAGAACCGCCUGGAUGCCCUCGUCCUGGUCUUACAGUCCUGCCAAGGAAAUACCUGCAUUGAGCCGUGGAAGGUGCUGCACCCGGACGGAUCGGUGAACAGUCUGAAGGAUGCGCUGGCACGGAAGUACGACAGGUUCUACCAGGAGCAGCCCAAGGUCAGUUAUGAUGAGUGCCUGGAUGGGUAUAUCAUCUCGAACGAGGGGCCGCAGGUUGGCCUCCAGUAUCGCGACGGACUGAACUGGGCGGCGUGGACGUGA